AGAUAGAACGUGUUCAAGUCGCUGCUCCGUAUUUUUCAUGAUUUUCGCUUGUCGAAGAUGUCUCACGCGUGAAUGAUCAUCGGUACCAGCGUCGAAAACUCCGGACCUGCGGGAAAUCGUGUCGUCAAACAUAAAAGAAUCCUGAUGGAAUCGCGACGACGGUUUGACGGUGCAAGAUUACUCGCCGCCGAGUAUCUACGGUUAGAACUGGCGAUAAAGUAAAUUCGAGCGGAACGGUUCGCAAAGGAGGAGAAAUUACCGAUCGUGCACAUAUUUAUAUCGGAUACAUGAGAAUGGUCGGUAAUAUCGACUCUCCGAGUCCUAGUUGGACGGGUCAUCUAGCAGCAGGGAGCUCCGACGUUUCUGACUUCCGACCUGUGGUUCGCCAAGUAGCAUGAAACACGCAUGUUCUAGACGUGCAACGUCUAGAAACGUCCACAAGAACGUUUCUUAUUGGCUGCGUUCAGCAAAGAAAACAGCCCAAUGAACGCUUAAUGAUUAUCACUCCUGAUUAAUAUAUCCCUCUGAAUCCAUCAGGAAUCUAAAAGAACACUCCAGUCACAAAUGAUAAUCAUUACGCGCUCACGGAGCUUCUUUCUCUGCCAAACGUAGCCAUUAUAUUUAUCUGAUUUCAUAGAAAAGAUAUUAUUAGAGACUGGUGGACUCACUGGGACACACGUAACCAUAUAGUUAAUGAAUUUUCCUCACCUUUUCUUCCCAUAAAUAUUCAUGUGUGCGCAACAAAAAUAAAGUAAAUAUAUAUAUAUAAGAUAAUUGCAAGAAUUAAAACAUAAAUGUGCAAAAUGUAGAAGCAAUUUGCACCUGGUGAUGUAACAGCAACUUCACAUCGCAGCUCGCUGAUUCAUGGAAGAUGGCGCCCGAUGCGCGGUCGUGUAUCACCGUGAUGCGUGCCAGGCGCAUUUGCGAGUCAAACGGAGUCGUAACGCUCCGCGAGAUACCGUGGCUUCUCUUUCCCAGGCGGUUCACGGAUUUUUGGGAUAACCCGUAUUCCCCUCGCGCACGCCAGAUCGAUUCAGGCCCCCGCCGAUGAUUCAUGUGCGCGACGACGAAUGCUAGAUCCGCCGCAGCGUCUCUCGAUGUAACGACAUUUCCGGAACGCAAAUCGGCGUCUGCUCGUGGAAUAUUUGAUACCGACGACUCGCCGUUUCAAAGAGGGUAUUUUUUAUAUCAAUUAGCAUUUAAACAUGUCUGAAGAGCAUCAAUUACCUUCUGAUUCGGAUGAUGAUGAUGAAGAUUAUGUUCCUGACGGUGCUGACAGUGAUCCAGUUUCUGAAGUAGAAUCUGAAGGUGACGUUGAAAGUGGUCCAGAAGAUGAGAAUGACGAGAAUAAGAGAGAUACUGGACGAAGAAAAGGUACAAGAAGAUCUGCAAAACGAAAAGGUAAAAGUUCCAAGCGCAAGAAAACUUUAGAUAACAAGUCAAAGAUAUCGGAAGAAGAAAACGGAGGAAAGGAGGAGUGCAAUGAGAAGAAAGAACUUACCGAAGAAGAAGAGAAAAAGAGAGCGGACUCACUGUGGGCUGACUUUAUGAAAGAUACAGCUGUCGUAUCAAAGCCGAAACCGCAAAAUACAAUCCACAGGUCAAAGGAGAGAUCCCCGCCGAUAGAAAAACCGAAAGUUCAGGAAAAAGUCAAGAUAACCAAGAUCUUCGAAUUUGCCGGUGAAGAGGUGAAGGUCGAGAAGGAAGUCGCAGUUGAUUCUGCAGAAGCCAGAUUGUCUCUUUCCGUGGCCGAAAAUUCCACAAAACCGUCGGAAUCGGAUUCUCCCGCGGAUCCUAAAGGACCAGGCCGAGGACGGGGAAGAGGUAAUGCGAAGCGCGUCGGGCUGGGCGGCAUCUCCUCCGUUCUAGGACAAAUCGGCAAGAAGGCCAAGAUCAGCACACUAGAAAAAUCCAAAUUGGACUGGGACAACUACAAGAAGCAGGAGAACAUAGAGGAGGAGCUCAAUACUCACAAUAAAGGCAAGGACGGUUAUCUGGAGCGGCAGGAUUUCCUCCAGAGAGCGGACUUACGGCAGUUCGAGAUCGAGAAGCAGCUGCGGAAUUCCAGCAGACGCGCCGCACGGUGAAUUUGCCAGCACCCCCCCCCCUCCCCCUCUUCAUCCAUAUACGUUUCUCUUUUUCCGAAACGAGAGAUCCUAGGAUGAUUACCGCGGUAGAAGAUAUUUAUCCCGACUUGCCAAAACUGCGAGCGCGCUUGCUGCUGCACACACAUUUAGCCUAAUUAAUUCAUUCGAAUUUCGCUACGUUUCGAAGUAACACGUGAAAGGAGCGCAGUUCGUUUGCCUCGUUCAACUCGACAAUGAGAGUUGACCACCAUUGUGCACCAUACAGCCAGAUGACGGCGGUCUCCUCAAGGAGGAACCGAUCAUUCCAGUGUUUCGAGACUAAUUCCUCACACGCGUACGUAAUGGUAAUAGCUUAAUUUAAUCUGAGUGAGCCUUCGUCUCGGCCUGACAGUCGUCUCAGCAGAACUUCGCAUCGAAGCAGAUUGUUCGAAGCUUUUGGCGCUUCUCAAAUCGAUCGUGUCCGUGUAGAGAACGUGUCCCCGGGAUAUUUUUUUAUUUCGUUUCGAUGGAUGCGCGUUUGUGCGUGUGUGUACAUGUGUGUGUAUGUAUGUGUGCGUAGUGCGAAUAUACUCGGUAUAGUAACGAUUAGCUGGAAGUAAUGAAUGAAUACGAAGGAAUACGUGUUUUAGAGAAUGUAACAAAUUACGUCGACCGAUGACCUCAUCCUUCAUCGGUCACUGCCCUCCGGCAAUUCAAGCGACAUAACAGUAACGUAUUUAUAAAUGGACUAAGUAAUAAAUGACACGGAAUAUUAACAGUAACGUUGAAACGGUAACGGCGAAAUUUUGUAUAUCAUCGUCUCGGUCUCGUCGUUAUAGUUUCGAAUUAUAUCAUG